AUGACGUUUCAAGCUGACAAGAAGAGAACCGAAAGAGAGUUUGUUGUUGGGGAUUGGGUUUAUUUGAGAUUGCAGCCUUAUAGGCAACAAUCAUUUGUGGCUAGAAGAAAUUUCAAGCUCUCUCCUCGUUUCUUUGGACCUUUUCAGAUUGUUCAAAGGGUGGGACAGGUUGCUUACAAACUGGAAUUGCUACCAAUUAGCUGUAUUCACCCAGUUUUUCAUAUUUCUUGCCUCAAGAAAAAAUUGGGUCAACAUCACUCUCCACUAUCUUCUUUACCUCCAGUCGAUUUGCAAGGUGAAUUGACUCAUGAGCCUGAGGCUAUUUUGCAGCGUAGAAUGAGGCAGGUUCAUGACAGGACAGUAGUUGAUGUUUUAGUUCAAUGGAAGGGGGCUAGUGUGGAUGAUGCAACGUGGGAGCCAUAUUGGUCAUUACGUGACAGGUUUCCUCACCUUGUGGGCAAGGGCACUGUCAAUCAGAAUACUGAUGAUAUCAAGAGUGAUGGUUACGAUCAUGCCUGCAGUCUUUAA